AUGUCAGAAUCCAUAUCUCAGCUCGAACAGGAUAUUCCUACCCUCACAUCCCAGUUCAAAACCCUCGAAUUCGCAUUCUCCUCUAACGUACAAUCAAGCACCAUUUCUCAUCCUUCCGGGCCACGGUGGCUCAGCCUUUCGCCCUACAAACGAGCAAGUACUUUCUUCGAACAGUGGGCUGAAGAUACAGAGGAUCUCAUGCCCGCUCCACCCACGAAGUCCGAGCAAGUCACAACAGACGAUGAUAUCAUGAGCGAAAGUCAAAUCAGCCACUUGAACUUGGAUGCAUCUGCUGAGGAGGAGAAGACAGAUGAGAUUUUGGAUAUCCUAGAUCAUGCGAGAUGCAGGACACUUGGGGCAUUGAGAUGCUAUAAUUUCAACUUGGAAAUUGGCACAUUGGUCACAGGCGAAAAAGUUGACGAGCAAGUGGGAAAAUCACUUGAGAGACUUUUGGAGUCAUCUGCAGGGAUAAGGCAGGAGCUCACAGACUCACAGAAUAUGAAUUCGCUAGGAAUUGAGGACGAAGGAGAUCUGAGUGAUGAAGAGCGUCUUGUAGGGAUAGUGGAGUGGUACAUGAAGCAACUUCAGUAUCAUGGCGCCAAGCCUACGCAAGAUGUCGUCGACAUGGCGGCGAGAAUCUUACAUUGGGCCAUGGAACAUGGAACUACAAAUGUUGAAGAAAAACAACGAAAAGUUCAGACGAGGAGUCAUUGGUGGGGUUGGACUUGA